CUAGACAUCGCGGCCAUUCUCAUUGCAGGUUGCAUUGCGUGCGUUCAGUCGUUGAGUUGUGUUGCACUUUUUCUACCACUUAGUCCAUCGUCAACGGUCGAACGGUUUGCAUCUUUGGCAGAUUUGCGCGCCUUUUUUGUUAUAAAUUCAAUUAGUACUUCUUUUCUUGCUGUUUUCGGAAGCAUAGGAAUGGCUCGUGGUUCCAGAGAAUUUGUAUGGGCUAGUGUAUUCCUUCUGAGUGGAUUCCUUCAUUGCGGGCGUUGUGAGAUGAAGAAAUCGUGGAAAGUGAAAACUAGUAUUCCAGACGAUAGCGCAGAUUUGCAAAUGAUUUCCUCGCAAGAAUCAAGUCACGCAAAAGCCGGUGAAAGCCAUUUCCCUGCCAAAAUGCUCCGAUUUGAAGAUGAGGAAAACCAAAACUCCGCCAACGAAGAGCAGCCCCAAGAAAACCCCAAAGCCAGCAGUGAAUCUCCGGAACAAACGACGGUACAAUUUGAGGAAUCAAGCUCUGAAGCCUCUAACCAAUCGACGUCGACGGGUAAACCAAAAAAUAGACUACGAAGCACCUACAUUGCAAACCGAACGUCCUCCACCUAUCAUACGGUACGCGAAAGUGCUAAGGCAGCUCCAUUUGUGGAGGAUCUGGAACCGGAAAUCCAAAUCGAUGAUUUCUCUGCUGACGAUGCCGACGAUGAAGACUUCGAUCUAGAACAGCUGAAAGCAAACAACCACAACAAGAAAGGCAAAUCCGGCGAAGAUCAAUUUUCGGAAGGGUACGAUAUGAUCGAAACCAUUUUGGAGGAAAUGAACAGUGUAUCGAAGGAUGAGGAAGAAUCUAAAAAUGAAGCAUCGGAACCGGAACCGAAGCCAGAGUCAGCACAACCAGGAAAAACAAAGGAUUACGAUUUCGGUCCGGUACUAAACAUGACAAUCGAUGAGCCGAACAACAUAGUAAAAGUUAAACUAAAUGAGAAAGUUCUCAAGGAUAUGUUCACCGGGCGCCAAGUUGGAGGAGGCAACAAGAAGAUGUGGAAAUAUGCCGUUCCGCUGUUUAUUCUGCCAUUCCUCAUCCAAUCGGCCAUCAUUCCCUUCAUGCUGACUACUGUCAAGUUGUUCCUGUUCAAAUCGUUUAUGGCCGGAAAACUGGCCAUCUUCUUGCUGCUGCUCGGUGCCUUCAAAAACUUCAGCCACAAACGGGAGAAGGAGGUUUACGUAAAGGAUCUUCCCGAGCGACGGUACGAGCCCUACAGUAGCGAAUGGCCAUAUCCAUACCAUAACGAGGCUCGACCUGGCUGGGCCACAGUCAAUUGACGGUCUUUCCGGAAUGUCGCCGUUGGAAGCUCAAAAAACAGAAAAUCUCAAGGGUAGGUGAUGGGAUACAAACUAUGAAGGGGUGCCUAAAAGCGAGCACAGUCAAUGCGCGAAUUCUCGUUCCAAGCAGCAUUUGUCGAUGAUCGUAUUGUUACUUAGGUUGUAAGUAUUUAUUGUAGCUAUUAAUCGAAUGUAGUUUGUAAGAAGAAUCGCCGGAGCAGCGCAUUUGGCGAUGAACGUAGACCAAAACUCGAAAAUACACUAUUUUUAAACAGAAAA